AUGGCUCACGAGAAUCCUGAUUUCUUUCGCGUUCAAUCGCUCUGUUUCUCGGCCAUUGGAGUCGGUAGACGAAACACUGGGGCCAACAAAGUAGUGUAUUUUUUGAGUUUCUCCACAGUGCUCUUCAUGAAGCUUGGAACAGUCAUGUUUGCCAUCAAACACGCCAACGAUAUAAUGCCACUGUGCGACUGUUUGGGGCCCACGUUUACCGCCUAUCUCGGUUUGGUACGGCAGCACAACCUGCGAUCGGUCCGGCAGCAAAUUUGGGAGUUUGUGCACGAGUUCACCAGAAUCCAGCAACACUUGCGACCCAGUGAGCAGCAGAUUGUUGAAAAGUACAAUCGUAUCGCCCUGCACCUGACCUGGGCCUAUUUAAUUUCGGCCAUGGUCACGGGAACCCUGUUCGUCGGUUCUGCGCUGCUCAAGUUCCUAGUCUCGGAAACGCCGGAUUACCGUUUGCCGUUAUUGAUGUACUUCCCGUUUUCUAUCAGUCAUCCUGUUACGUUCGCGGUGUUCUUCAUCUGGUGCAGUGUGGCUAUCUUUUGGGUCGUACUGGAAUGUGUGGCCUGCGAUUCUUCGUUUGGAACGUUUUGCUCGGGUCUUUUGGCUCAUUUCAUCGUCAUCCAAAGACGAUUCGAAGAAAUAAGCACCGAGGAGGACUUCGGAUCGUUGAAUUCCCUUAUUCAAUACCACGCGUAUAUUCUGGGCCUCUCGAAGCGUGUUAUAAGCGCCUAUAAGUUCAUCAUACUCAACCAGUUGCUCGUAUCUUCCCUGUUGUUGUGUAUGCUCGGGUUUCAACUGGUAAUAUCCGCCGGAUCGAGCGAAAUGGUAGUUUAUAUAGCAUACGGGAUGGCCAUUACGAUUCAAAUUACCUACUACUGCUAUUACGGCUCGCUGCUGGAGUACGAGAGUCUACAGGUUCACAACGCUGUCUUCAGGUGCAAUUGGUACAACGCAACCACGCAAACACAAAAAAUGCUUAUCAAUUGCAUGAUGCGAUCUAGUAAGCCUGUUAUCGCCAAAGCUGGAUUCACUCAGGCUAAUCUUCCUACGCUAAACUCGAUUCUCAAUUCGGCGGGAUCUUACGUCGCCCUUCUGAUGUCACUGUUAGAGUAA